GCAUCAAACGAGCGCAACAGUGGGAGAGAUCGGGUUCGGAUCACACAAGACGAAACUUCCAGGGCUCCAUGUUUGCGAAGGUCCGUUUCGGGAUCAUGUCGUUGGACUUCUCCUGUAGUCACACAGGAGUUCGUGCAUGUGCAGGUAUUCGGAUUAUGGAAGGACGCAAGUAAGUAAAGACUUUUUCAGCGCUUUGUCCAGGACGCGGCUGAAGCUUUGAUGUGCAUGCUGAUCGGAGAUCAGAUUACAGGCAUCAGAUCGUAGCCAUCCCUUUGCCUUUGAUCUGGGCUGUUUAGUGUUGUGCUGGACUCGGGACGGGUUCAGACCUCAGCAGUGAGCACACUGGAUCACAUCCUGUGAAGGGCUUGAGGCUUUACAUAUCUAUAAGACGGAGUGGGACUGUCAUACUCGUGUAUGUGGAAAGACCUUUCAAUAUGCUCCGGGCGGUGAUUCUCUGCGGGUUUCCACUUCAAAGGAUACUUGUCUUUGCAUUUUGUGCAAUGUUUGCAGUAAGAGCCGAGGAGAGAAGAGGUUGCAGGGAACAGGAAUACAAGGAUACGUUUGGAAACUGCGUUCCCUGUCGGCAAUGUGAUGCUGGACAAGAGUUGUCAAAGGAAUGUGGCUUUGGCUAUGGAGAGGAUGCCCAAUGUGUGCCCUGCAGAGCCAGUCGCUUCAAAGAGGACCGCAGCCUGCAGAAAUGCAAACCCUGUCUAGACUGUUCACUUCUCAACCGCUUCCAGAAGGGCAACUGCUCCAUCACAAACAACGCUGUGUGCGGAGACUGCUUGCCCGGAUUUUACAGGAAGACAAAGUUAAGUGGAUUUCAGGAUAUGGAGUGUAUACCUUGUGGAGACCCACCACCACCAUAUGAACCGCACUGCAGUGGGCGAGUGAAUCUGGUGCCUCUGCAGUCCACAGUGACCAGCCCGCGGGACAUGGCUUUAGCUGCGGUCAUCUGCAGCGCUCUGGCCACAGUCAUCCUGGCUCUUUUCAUCCUCUGUGUCAUCUAUUGUAAGAGACAGCUGCUGGAGAAAAAACCUGUGUCUUUGAGGUCUCAUGAGGGUCCGUAUGUGGGGUCGGAGUUGUCUUGUCUGGAUCGGAGAGUUCUGGAAUUCUCCCAGCGGCCUUGUUGUCACUGUCAUCACAGUUCAGGACAGACCUGCGGUCCUGUACACCUGAUUCCCUCAAUGUGCUCUGAUGACACCUGGAGCCAGGGCUGUGCUCGAGAACGGGACUCCUUUCAUUCUCAAAGCAGUCUCAAUGAAGGACUGGUGAAUGCAUCACUGGGAACCAGUCAACCAGAUCUGGAAUGCACACCUGACCAUCUCUCAGACGCAUGGCCACUCGUACAGAGCAGCACAACCACGGACCAUCUCCAGUCCAGCUCACAGAGACGUUCCUCCUGUGAAGAAAGAGAGGAACGAGACCUGCAAAGCUCAGGUCAGGCGUCAAAAGAUCCCGAGGACGGGUCAAACAGUCGGCUUCUAUCACAGACAACUGCCGUCCACAACUGAAGGAUGACCUAGCUUUAUCUCGCCUGCCGCUGGUCUCCCAGAGAGACGCUCUGGAGGUAAAAAGAGCAAAGGAAGAUCCCAACUGCGAUUACAUCGGGCCACACACACACACACGUUUUUCAACAGCUCACAGUUUAAAGAGACU